AUGUCCGUCGGGGAGAAGUUUUCAAUAAAAACCAAUUGGGAUCAGUUGAGUCAUUCGUUGGAGGAUGUCUUGUACAUUAGGACUGAGAAUAGCGAAUCCUGUUCACUUCAUAACGCCGACAUAGAAAUCGCAUACGUCACCUUGAAACCUGGCAAAGAAUCCCAGAAUGAAACAUGCAAAAUCGUGGUCAAAUCAUUGUCAGAUGGCUGCCAAAUUGAGGCCAUUGACGUCAUCUGCAAUGCUAAACAUCUUGAAAUUUAUGAACUAUCCGGAAAUUACCUGAACACCUCGACUGGGAUUAGGAUAGAUGAGGAAUUGGGAUACAGAGAGAAAGUUUUUAUACUUCAGUAUAGUUUCAUGAAUGCUCCAGCUUCUAACAAUGGAAUUUUUCUAAAGAUUCCAACUAUUUCAGUAUUGCACGUGUACAGCAUUCACCUAACUGUCAAUCAGCUAGACCCUGUCAUCAGCCCUAACCACCCCCUCAGGUCGGCCCUUCGUGAUCCUGGUAUUGAUUUCGAAAUGGUUAAGAAAAUGAUUGGGGAUGUGCCUCUAUCCCAACCAGCUAUUGAUCUUUUGGACAAAAUUCUCGAGAAAAAGAAAUUAGAAAACGAUAGCGAGGAGUUAUCGGUGUUGUUGGGUAAACUGCUUCCACUAACAAUCUCCUCAUCAGUUACGUCAAAAUCAAACAGCCAAUCAGCUUCAGGGGUUGAGCCGUCAAAAACCAAACAACAACAGCCUGUAACGACCAAUCACAGCAUGCCAUCAACCACAACGGAUGCUGGUUUGAUUAAAAGUGCAUCUAUACCUGAUAUGAUGAAGAAAUUGGAGUCGAAUUUGGCUGAAUACAUCAACGCAUCCAUUUGCCAAUUAGAGAAUAAGCUGAUGAAUAGGCUGGAUAGGAUUGAGCAAAUAUUAGCCAGUCAGAUGGAAACAUGA